AUGGAAUUAAACGUAAAGACAACGAGCUCACAGGCGUUGCUGUCGUGCGGUAACGGAGGAGGUCUCAGUGAGAAGCUUCUCCUCAACCCAAAAGCUGGAAGAUCUCUGCAGACAGAGAGAGUCCCCAGAAGCAACGUUUUUCUCCGUUUAGCUGCUUCAAGUGUGUCUUUCACCAGUCGUGUAAUUUUGUCCCCGUGUCCUCAGGAUGUAGCACUCGUGGAGCUCGAUGAGUCAGGUGACAGCGAGACGUCGGACUCUGAGGAGUCGGACUGCAGCGACGAUGACGGCGAGGUCACAGAGCAGAACUUUAAGCUGCCCGGAGACAAAGGCAAGAAAAAGAAAGUCAGCAUCAUGGUUCUGGACCAGCAGGGGGAGUAGGCGAGUCAGAGGGACCUUUAGUUUCUUUUCCAUGGGAAACGUUUUGCCAACGAGAUCCUCAGAUGUCAUGUCGGAGUUUCUUUUUUUGUUUCUUUCAAACCUUCUUCACACACGGACAGAAAAGCUGCGUCCUGUGGGAGUGCAGUGGAUACUGAAACGUGCACACAAACUGCCCAUAGAGCCAGAACAACUGCUGGGAGUCUGCCCUGUGACCACGACGUCCUCUGCUUCAUGAACGUGAACACAUCCUUGCAUCAGUUUGGGCUUCAAACCGUUCACUCCAGCUCUCUGCUGAAGCAGGAAGUGAAUUGUGAGUGCAGGUGGUAAUGAAACAAAGCUCCAUGCUCCACAACCAGCAUUGAGUGAGUGACCACAUGGAUGAAUGAUCCUGGAUCCCGUUGCACAUGCUGGCAGUUGAACCGUGCAGCAUAUUGUCUUUGUCUCAGUGGAUGCAGCAUCUAUCAUUGGACCGUUUUACACCAAAUGAGGUGCCUGUUUCUUCUUUGUGUUUGUGGAUACAGCGUGUUCACUGACAGUACAAGCCCGAGCAACAUACUGUACCCUCAUCAUGUAUCCAGUGUGACAGAUAAUGCUUAAAGUGCACAGCAUAAAGCGCUCUCAGCUUUUAGAAUUCGAGCCUCUGUGUAUAUUUGUUGUUUUCACUUCUGUUAAGAAUUAUUUAUAUUUUCCACAGAUUCUCCUUUUUUGAAACAAGGCUGUGAAUGUGAUUUUGAACCAACUGAAUAAAGUUUAAUGAUGAUUUAAUGAUAA